CUUGUACCAGCCGGCGUCUCAGAUGACGGCUGCGCCAUCACCAGCCUAUCCAGCAAACUAACGUAAGUACUGAAGCUCAACUACAGUGUGCCAUACUGAGUGUGGUGUCCAGAUAGGAACACGAAAACGCAUUCAAGGACAGACAAAAAUGGCACGCGAAGGACGAACCCUACACACAGCUGCCGCCAACUCAAAUGGUGCUACUGUUUUUGAGUCCGCACCCUCCGCGGAAAAAAGCGACGGAUCCGGAGACCAGCCUCGCGGCGAAGUCCUACCCGAAAAAAUCAAGAAGGAAUGGAGCUGGAUACCCACCGGCGCAGAGACGUUUCCUCAGACUCUACUGCGCCUUCAAUGUGAAGCAGCGGAUCUGUUCAUUUCCGAACAGCUCACCAGCAACCAACUCGAGUCGGGCUCCAGCUUCACGUCGACAAGCGCGUCGAGACUCCAAAACGAUUCCCUCACCGCUCUGGACGAGCUCCUUCGGCAACGACAACUCCAAGGCUCAACCACCUCCAUAAAGCAGCUCGAACGCACGGCAGUGAUCGAAAAAUAUCUGCAGCGGUUCAGACGGGAAGAAAGAGCAUCAAACCAACAAAUUUCUUCAAGCUUUUCUUCCGCACCCUCAAGGCGAUUUUCCCCCGAUCUCGAGCACGCGCGGUUCCAGCAAAUCCGGAGAAAGCUGCUUGCCGCAGACGACGAUACCGCACUCCAAAUCCGCAGUCUCGAGCUUCGCUUGGCGAAGAAGAACCUUCUACACUCGGAGCAGGAGGCGGCGACUUUUCUCGCGCUGGAAAAGCGCCUUGCGAGACUCGAGCAGGCUACCGGCGUGUUCGAUCUGGACGCAACCGCGGACGUUGCCACCCUAGUUUCCGCCUGCGAAGAGGACUACCGGGACCUGUUUCGCCCGUACAACAACAUUCGGACCUUCGACGCCGCGUUGAGAUCACUCCGCGAAGUUCUGCAGGUCACGAAAGACAUGAGCAAAAACAAUGCGACAGCAGCGAUGUCUGCGGCUGGAAAUGCGAAUAUCGCCAAGAAUGUGUUUGCGCAGGGCCGGAAGAUCCAGCGACUAUACACAUUAUUGGAGGAGCGACUCGCGGCGAAGCCCUGUAUGGACUGGCUAAGGAGCCAACACGUUCUUCAGAUCCAAAAAGACGAGUUGAAAAAGCACGCGCACACGCGGGUGCGAAACGCCGAAGUGGCAGUGCAGGACAUGCGUCGGGCGGUAAGUAGUUUGAAAGAUCUGCUAAAUUCGUUGCAAGUGCAAAUGAAGGAACUACUCGUCGGAAUUGAUUCGACAUCGAAUCUGCUACGCGGCGUGGCGUAGCGGAAAGUAAGUAAAGCGAAAGCAGUUGUAUGAGACAGUAUCCCGUUCCAAAUAUGCGGACGAACAAGAAUUCAUGGGUGCAUCAUGGGUGUCACAGUCACUUCAGUUUUGAAUAAAGAUAAACGUGAUUAAAGUCUGUUCUUGCUGUUCUUGCGUACAGAGCCAUGUAGCCAUAGGCAAACUGCUGUUGCAGGUGCAAAAUAUUUCGUCCUCUUGAUGCUUGCUCUGUGC